AUGGAAAAUCGAGAACAGCGACUACCAAAUAAGACAAAAUAUGACACAUGGAAAUCCAAUCUCUCCAUGCAACGUCUCCAGCCAGGUCUGAAAGCACUCAUCUCCUUUUCCUCCGAAUCAAAACUAGAAGAUGAAGAUCUUCAGAUGCGAAAUCUUCGUUGCCUCACUCGCACAAACACUUUCCCUUCAUCAAAUAUCCUGGCGCUACCUUUCCUGUCUCCCUCUUCUUCUUCUUCUUCUUCUUCUGAAAUGGGAGAGAAAGGUUCCAGUGAUAAUCAAGAAAAGGGAAAGGAAAUAGAAGGAGACGAAGAACAAGAGGAGGAGGAGGAGGUGGUGGUGGAGAAUAUGAGUCGACGGCAGAAGUGGCGAAAUGAGUGGAGGAAGAGGGAGCUUCCGCCACCAAUGCCGAUGGUGGUGAAGACGGAGAAGAACUCGGCGUGUCAGGAUCAUGUGCCGUGGAUGUUAAAGAAAUACUCCUAUAGUGACAAUGGCAACGACGAGGGUGGUGGGAAUAGGGUGGUGAUUAUAGAGGAAAAAGUAAAGCACCAAGAGUACUUUAGGGCUCACAGGGCCAACGGUCAUCUCACCCUGCAACUCAUAUGCGUCGAUGAGGAUGAGGAGGAUGAGAACGUGGAAGAGGAUGAUGAGACGCCGCGGCUCGAAACUGAUAAUGCUGUGUUGGAGGAAGAGAGUUUUUUCGAUGUAGAGCAGGAGUAUAAUGAAACUGAUGAAACCGAGGAAACGGAGGAUGUGGAAGAUACUGAUCUGACGGUUGAGAAAAUCUCGGUUAUGACAUUAGCUUCAUCAAUGCCGGAGUUAUCGGUGGUGUCUAAAUCUAACGGUGGAGGUGCGAGUGGAAAAUGUUGGACGAUCAGUAGUAGUAUGGGAAAGAGAUCGAAUUCGGAUGUCUUCCGGAUGCCCAUUCCAACAAUCAGGCCGAUCUACGGCUAA